AUGUAUAAAAGUCAAUAUGACGAUAGCAUCCUUCUUUGGAGCCCAGAGGGGCGUAUCCAUCAAGUUGAGUAUGCAAUGGAAACAGUAAACAUGGGCACAGCCAAUGUUGGUUUAAAAACAGCUAGUUAUGCUGUUCUAUGCUCAUUACAACGAGCAACUUCUGUUUUAGCUUCUCAUCAAAAAAAAAUAUUCGAGAUUGACUCUCGUUGUGGAGUAGCCAUCUCUGGUUUAACUACGGAUGCCCGUAUAAUUAUAAAAUGGAUGAGAAACGAAAUGUUGAAUCAUCGUUAUAUUUAUGAAGCACCACUUCCGACGCAAGCUCUUGUGACAAAGCUUCUAAACAAAUCUCAAAUAAAUACACAGAGAUACGGCCGUCGUCCAUAUGGAGUUGGACUUUUGAUUGCUUCAUAUGAUAAAACAGGCACUCAUAUUUAUGAGACAUGCCCUUCUGGUGCAAUGUAUGAUUGGAGAGCCCAAUCCAUUGGCGCUCGCUGCCAAUCAGCAAGAACAUAUUUAGAGAACAACAUCGACUCUAUUGAGUCAAGUUCUCGCGACGAAUUAAUUUUGCAUGCCCUUCGAGCGCUCAGAGAUACACUUAAUUUUAAUCAAACCUCUGAGAGCCAAAAAAAUAACGAGCCAACUGAACUAAAUGUAAAAAACUGUGUGAUCGGUAUCGUUGGAGUAGAUGAAAAAUUUCAUCUUUUAGACGAACAGGAACUCGGCUCUUUUUUGGUACAAUUAGAAGCGAGAGGAAACAACAGUGACAGGACCACAAGGAUGGAAAUGACUGAUAUUUAGGAUACGAGGUAGAAGAAAGGUGUCGGCUCAUUUUGAAAUCACUUUUACAAAUAAAAUAUAUAUAUAUAUUUC